CACGUCCCACGCCCAGCCUAACGACCUCGCCAGCCUCUUAUUAGCAACUUUGGAGAAACGUGGGGCACUUUGCAAUUUAUUACGCACGCGCAUUCUCUUCUAAUUGGUGAGUACAUUACUCUUCCUUUUCCUCCCAGCGCCGCCUUAGCAACGGUCCGGGUGGAGACGCCCCCCGCGGAUUGGCUGCAGCCGACCUCUCGGCUGCGUAGAUUGGCUGAAGCGUGGUAGAGGGUCAGACACAGGAAGUGCCUGAGGAGAACCGGUGGUCCCCGAACAGAGGCAGGUAGAGCCUGCGGUGACCGUGACACGGAGGAGCGGCGACAUGACCCAUCGGAAGUCCAGCCAACUCCAGAGCCCGAGAAUGCAGCCGGACCUUGAACAACCCUCCGAACUGCGGCGGGAAAUCAAGAGGGACCUCAGCUCAGCGGAUGAACUAGCCUCGCGUAGGGGAACAGGUGUGCGGUCCGAGUUCGGCACCGUGGCCGCGGUGGAAGAGGAAGAAGAUCCUGCAGCCAACUUGUUCCCGCCUCCUCUGCCCCAGCCCCGGAUCUGCAUGUGGAAGUACCUGGACAUCCAUUCCAUGCACAGGCUGGAGAAGACGGCCAACACUGAGGAGAUGAGGGAGGUGCUGGCCAACCUGUUGGGGCUAGGAUGGCCUGAGCAGAGCCUUCAGGAUGCCAUCACCCUGGAUCUCUUCUCCCAUGCACUCAUCUUCUGCCGCCAGCAGGGCUUCUCGAUGGAGCAGACAUCAACGGCUUGUGCCCUGCUCCAAGAUCUUCACAAGGCCUGUGUUGCAACCCCCCUGGGCAAUGUGGAGGAAUGUUACCGCUACUUCACCAGUGUUCUUUUUUGCCAUGGAGUCAGGCGGCCCCCUUUCAGUAUCAACCUUUUUAAGGAGGAACAGCUGCUGGCCCUGGCUGAUUAUGUGGUCAACACCUACUUUCGCCACUUCAAGCUCUACAAAUACGUCUUUACUCCCCAGGUGCGGCUAGAUCUGUCUUUGACUUAUUUAGGGCUGCAGCCACCCAAGCUCUGGUCAGAGGAUGAGAGAGAGAAAGAAGGUGGUGAGGAGGUGGAGGACCAGGCAGCCACCCUACAGGAGGAACCAGAAACGGUGGCUGAGCCACAGCAAGAGCCAAGCCAGGUCUCCCUCCUCCGAGCCUACAUCAAGACCCAGCUGACCAAGGAGCUGGAGCUGCUGCAGCAGCUGGUGGAUGAGCGGCUCAAGGCCAGCGAGGAAAGGCUCAACAGCAAGCUGACCUCACUAGAGCGGCCCUUCCAACUACCUCCAGGCAAAAGCAAGAAUAAGACCAAGUGACUCCCCGUGUUUUCCCCAAUAAAGGCCUCGGCCAGAGUGGCCCCA